AUGGAGGAAGACGACGAGUUCGGCGACCUCUACACCGACAUCCUCAUCCCCACUCAGACCCCCGCAUCCACCUCCGCGCUAUCCAACCCUGUUCCAGUUGAAACCCUACCCCGCCAGCCUCCAAACCCUAAUCCUACCCCCUUGGCGGCGGCGGCGGCGGAGGAGGAGGACGACGACUGGCUCCUAGGAGGGAGCGACCCCAUACCCGGGGUUGACCCGAUCGGCGAUUGGGCCGACGAGGACGACGAUGGAGACGAGCCCGCACCUCCCGUGAAGCGUGAGGUUGCUGCGCCCGCGAAGCGGCCCACCUCUGCGGAUGAUAUCGAUCCGCUCAUGGGGGGUGGUGCGGGCGAUUCCGGGCCGGCCAUCCCUGGGCUUUCGUCGGCGGCGGCAGCUGGUGCGGCCGGGAGCGACGAAUGGGACAGCGAUAGCGAGGACGACAUCCAGAUCGUGCUCAACGAGACCGAUGGCCGCCGGGGGCUCGGGGAGGAUGAAGGAGACGACGAAGACGGUGAGGACCUCGUCAUCGUCGCCGAUGGACCACACAUCACCGGGAUGGAGGAGCAGGAUUGGGGAGAGGACCCAGCAGCGGCAGGGGCAGAAGGAGAGCGAAAGGACGGAGGUGAGCCUGGUAAGACGGUGGCGGCACCGGGAGGAAGGAUCGGGUACAGUGGCGGCGGCCCAGGGUUCCAUCAGCAGCACCAUUCCAUGUUCAAGUAUGUACGCCCUGGCGCUCCUUGUGCUUCAGUAGGUGGGGUACCUGGUGGUCCUGUUCAGUUCCGCCCUCCUGGGCCUUCAGGCCCUUUCUCUGGUCGUGGUAGAGGUGACUGGAGGCCUGCUGCUGGUCGAGGCAUGAAUAAAAGUUUUCAAUCAGGCUAUGGAAUCACUCCAUGGGGUGGUUCAGGGCGCGGUUUUGGUGGUGGACUAGAUUUUGCACUUCCUCCUCACAAGACAAUAUUUGAUAUUGACGUGGAAACCGCAUUUGAGGAGAAGCCAUGGAAAUUCCCUGGUGCUGAUAUUUCAGACUUUUUUAACUUUGGCCUUGAUGAAGAGAAGUGGAAAGAUUUUUGCAAGCAGCUGGAUUAUGAUCCAGAUUUGCCGCCAGAGCUAGCGGCUGUGACUGGUCAUCUAGACAACUCUGCUGACAGUCGCAAUAAAACGGAUAACGGCCAUACAGAUUUUAGUGCCCAAGGAAGAGGUCCGGCAAACGUGCGGACACCAGUGAUGACAGGGAGACCUAUACAAGUUGAAACUAAUUACACAGACCGGUUUCCAUCUGUUGAUUCACGCCCACAUCGAAUGCGUGAAUCAGAUUCUGUUAUUGAGAUUGUGUGCCAAGGUCGUGAUUCAAUGGAUGAUGAGACAGUGGACCAAACGGAAAAGGAUUCUCAAGGAGGUAAUAAAGGAGUCCAUGAUGUUGAGGAGGGGAAGCCGUAUCCAUCAGAUAAGAUUAAUAAUUCUGCCCAUAACUCAAAUUCGGUGAUAAAGACAGAACAUAAGAGACAGCUACCAGUUUCAUCUGAAAGUGAUAUGUUAUCCACGGAUGUCAAUGCUCAUUCCCCUCCCAGCGACAAAACAAGACGUUCUCCUCGUGGAGCAAGGUCAUUGAAAGGAAGCUCACUGGGUCAGAACUCUAUUCGAGAAAUUGAAAGCUCCAAUGAAGUAAUACCUCGUCAGUCAUCUUCAAAGAGACGCCAUGAUUCCCAGAAAGAGAACCUUGUUGAGGGCUCAGAAAAUAAGGGUGAUUCAGAAGGGUCACUUGCUGCUAAUGAUGACGUGACAGAUAAACUGAGUACAGAAGAUCAUUUUGAUGGUGAUGGUGGUGAUGAUGAUGAUGAUAAGCUCGCAUUGGUUGGUAGUGUUGAAGUGGAUGGUGAUGAUGCUACCUCAGACCCCAACACGCCUAGUGAUGCAAAUGAGGAUGAUAACCUGGUUCACUCUGAUAAAAAGCAGAAACAUAUAUCUGUGGUUGAGCAACCUACUGGACACAAUAGCAGUGAACCUGAUGAAUUGAAGACUAGUGAAAAUAGUAAAGGGAGGUCUGGUAGCAGCAAAGAUCAGCUGAAACGCCUUGAAUCUGGUGAAGAAGUUCUUCAAGAUAGGCAAUCAAGGAGAGUAAAUAAUGUAAGAAGGCAUCAUGACGCGGAAGAACGCAACCUCCACCGAAAAGAUGAGUACUCACGAGAUGUAAAAUCAGAUUUGGAAAGAUCACAUUUACCCUCCAGAGGCAGGGAAGAUAUCCACCAAUCUUACGCAAACAGAGAUCGGGUUGACACGCGGGGCAGGAGUUAUGAUAGGGUAAGAGAGACAGAAAAUUGGCCAAGGAGAGAUGAUGGCGCUCACAGCCGACGUGCUAAAGAGGAAGAUUUGAGGCUAGAGUACAAUGUUGAAGGUGGUGCAAGGCAAAGAAAUAAGGUGAGGCCCAUUGAUAGGAAUGAUAGAGAUGAAGAUCAUUCACGGAAGCGUUUGGAUGAUGGCGACUGGAGAGGCUCUCGACAAAGAGAGCGUGGUGAUGUGGUUUUGAAUCGCCGCGAAAGUGACGAUUCUCAUAUAAAGAGAAAUAAGGACGAUGAGAACUUGCGGAGAUUGAAGCCUGAAAAUGAAGAUGUGGUCGUGGCGCACGGUUAUAGGGCAAGGGAUGAUAAUAACAGAAGAAAAAAAGAGAGGGAUGAUGGAAUUGAUCAGAAAAGACGAGAUGAUAGUGGUAGACUGCGGGAGAAGGCUGAUGAUCGUUAUCAUGCCAAACAGAAGGAUGGCAGCUGGAGACAAAGAGAAAGGGAGGAUAGACAGAGGCCCAAGCAUGAAAAUGCAUUAACCGUUCAGAGGGAAGAAGGAAGAGGAACCGGCCGGGGUAGUCGGAUGAUGGAUGAUAAAUUAGUCAGUGGUGGUAGGAAGAAGGAUGAACCAAGAUCUUCUGUAUUAAGCAAAGAUACUCAAGAACGUACCAGGCAAAAUGAACCUUCGAGGAGAGGUCAGGGUGUGGAAGAAUACAACGUACAGAAUAAAGGGCGUUCUGAUAUACAUCCACGUGAUGACAAUUCAAACAGUGAGAGGAACUCCAGGCAAGAAAAACAAAACAAUAAUCAUCUAUCUGGCAGUUCUGAUACUCGCCACACAAGUAGAGAUAGGCAUAGGGAGAGCACAAGAAAGGGCAGAGGUUCCGAGCUUGGUGAGCAUGAUCUCCACAGAUCGAGCAAAAGGAGACGUGAAGAUCAUGAAAGCCAUCGCAGUGGGAAGGUUGAAACAAAAGAAGUGAAUGAACAAGAGAGUAGUAGAGGUCAUGCAACAUUAUCCAAGAAGAGCCAGAAUCAUCAGCCAGAUAAUUCAUUGGUGAAUCAAGUGGAAGAAGACGCCAUAUCAAAUGAUGAAAACCAUGAGGAUUCUAGAAGGGGUCGCUCUAAGUUGGAGCGAUGGACAAGCCACAAAGAGAUAGAAUAUAGUAAUAUCGAUGAUGAUAGUACACAGACAUUUCCGACCAUCAAAGCUGAUGUUGAAGCCGAUGAGGUAGGUAAAUCUGAAGUUUCUGCUGCAGCUGGCAACUCAGACAUCAAUAGCAAUGUUGAUACUGGGCAGACAUCUGAUAAGAUGACUGAAGAGCGUGAGCGUGACCGACAUCUAGACACAGUUGAGAGGCUCAAGAGACGAAGUGAGCGUUUCAAGCUUCCCAUGCCUGGCGAGAAGGAUGCACCUCAAAGCAAAAAGGUGGAUACCGAAGUGCAGCCUCCCCAAAAUGAAUCUGCUGCUGCUGAUAUGGAAGUGAAGCCAGAGCGGCCAGCUCGCAAGAGGAGAUGGACUGGGAGUUAG